CAUGCGCGCUGCCGCUGCCGCGGCGGGGCGGUUGCGUCCGCCCUCUCCCCCUCCCCCUCCCGCCGGCGAGGCGCCGCCAUGUCGGUGUUUCACGACGAGGUGGAGAUCGAGGACUUCGAGUACGAUGAGGAGACUGAGACCUACAGCUACCCGUGCCCCUGCGGGGACCGCUUCCUCAUCACCCGGGAGGACCUGGAAAACGGCGAGGACGUGGCCACCUGCCCCAGCUGCUCCCUCAUCCUGCGCGUCAUUUACGACCAGGAGCAGUUCAUGCGUGGCGAAGUUAUUGCAGAACCUUUGGCAAACAAGGAGUUGAUUAAGUGCUGAUGGAAUGCAUCAGGAACUAUUGCUGCUUUAGAAUAAGAAAUUAGGAGAUACCAACUUUGGAAAGAGACAUGGCACUCCUCCUGAAAGUGCUUGCUGCUGUGAGAUAAAAGUGCAAUAACUGGCUGUCCUCAUCAUUUGAAAGAGAAAUUGCUGACAUCAAGACAUGAGUAGCUUCUGUUCAAAAGGGAUGUAUAGUUUAAGCAAUUAUAAAUUAUAAUGCAUAUUCCAGAAGGCUCAAGGGAUAUGCUUCAAAUCAACUGCAGAUCAGGACAUAGAAGAAGCAUGCGGAGCUGUCCUACAGAAAAAUUAAAACACUUACCUAGCAGUGGUUUCUCAGUCUGUAAAGAAGCAGGUUCUGUGUGGGGCAUGUACAAGUAUGAAAUGACAUUGAGAGCAGAAAUACUGGGAAACAAAAUGUAAAAGUCUGUCAUGGGGCUAUGCAUAAUUAGUUUUGGUGCGGUAUGGUAUCACCUGGGGUGUGGACCACAGUCCCUCCAAUGCAUAUAGAAUGUGAGGCAAAAUUGAGACAUAAAACCAGUGCUGUUGGUAAAUUGUUUUUAUUCCUGUUAGUGCAAAGAAAAUCUAGUUGUAUUUAUAUCUGCAAUAGGUACAACAUGUGAUUGGCAGCAAAUUUACUUCUUGAAUUGGAGUUGCUUUGAAACAGCUUUGGUAGCUGUUACCAAAUGACUAUCUGAAAUAGUAGAAAUGUACUUUUUUAUGUUGUGUGAAAUGAAACAGAGAGAGCCUUUUUUAACAACAACAACAACAACAAAAAAAAAAACCCUGCAAAGCUGUUAAUGUUCCACAAAUGAACUGCAAUGUGAAGUGGAUUCCAGCUUACUCUUAUUUUCACAACAACUUUGUGAUUUAACCGUUGCGGCAAAUUUAAGAUACGCUGCCAUUCUUUGUGCUGUUUGCAGUUGUAUAUCUGCUGAAGUUCAGUCUUGCUUUCUUAGGUACUGUAACUGUAGAUUCUAGUUCACAGGAAAGGUGUUUAUUGUAACUUCCUGGAGAGGAGAUGCACAGAUUUUACCCUGUUCAUUAGUAACAAGAAAUUUUUUAGGGUAGAAAAGAGCUUAAAUGAUAUACUCCACAGUACUUUAAUUCAAGGACUACUUCUUGAAUUACAAACUACUGCAACUUAUUUAAAAUGAUGUUCAUUCAGAUGUUUUACUAGGACCUGAUAUCCUUGAAGUUAAAUUUGGGGGAAAAUAUUUGUACAGCAUUUAUAUGAUUAUUUCACUCUGCGCACUAGAGAUAAGCAAUUCUUGAAUUGAAUUCUUGCCUUUAAUUGUUUUGUUUUUACAGCAGUGUUUGAAUGUUAGAGAUGAAUAUUCUAAUUAUUUUUCUAGAAACAAAAAAAUCAAAAAAUACCCUUCAGCCAGAGGUUUUCAAUGCAGUGUGCACAACUCAGUGUUUCAUGUCUUUACCAGAAGGUGGCACUCAUGUUACUAAAAUCCCUGUACUUAAAAAAACAAAAAAACAAAAACCAAAAAAAUUGUGAUAUUUUUGUUAGAUUUGUCUUAGCAAAUAUUUAUUUUGACUAUUUAAAUAAAGAUAUUUAAACCUCA